AUGGCGCUUGCCGUCCAUAGCCGUUCAUCAAAAGUUUUAGCGAUCUUUUCUAAUUACUCGGGAUAUGUAAGACUGACUUAUGCAUUCCACACGACUGCUCAACACCAAGUUGAUUUUUCCAGAGAAGAUAAAAAACCCCGGACAGGAUAUAUAAACGGUUUGCCUGAAGACCUUGGAUUUGAUGAUUAUCAGGCAGCUUUCCGAUCAAAGUCACGUUGGGAACUUGCCCGGUCCAUCGCCAUCAUUAAGAUGUGUACAAAUAACAGACUAGUGGACAACAGCCUAAUGUUGAUGAACACUGGCCGGAAGGUACUUGGUAACAGGUUGUUUGAUAGCUUGGCUAAACCGACAGUAUAUGGGCAGUUUGUGGGAGGAGAUACUCCAGAAUCUCUGCUUCAGACCGUGGUCAAGAUGAGAAAGAUGGGAGUUGGACCCUUGGUAGCCGUCGCAAUGGAGGAAGAUACAACAGACGACAAUAGAGAAGCUGAUCAAAAGUACGACCGGAAUUUGGCCACGACAUUACAAUGUCUGGAUGUUGUUUCCGGUCUUAAAGAUCCUCAUCCCAUGAUGCAGACAAAACUAACGGCCAUGUUUCCAGCUAAACUUUGUGAGAAAAUUUCUCAGCAUGUGCCACACCCCUCUCGAUCUGGUCACGUGGUGAUGAGUGUAGCCAAUGCCAUUCAAAAUGGAAACGAGAUCAAAUUUGACUUCUUGUCAGAGGAUGAAAUAGCUGACCUGAACAGGGGAUUGUCGAGAAUCGGAAAAUUAUGUGAGGCUGCAGUGAAAAAUGAAGUCAUAGUUAUGGUGGACGCUGAAUACACAUAUCUCAAUCCAGCCUUAAAUCUCCUCACUUUGGCCAUGAUGUUAGUGUGUAACGGACGGAAGACGCUGGUAUAUUACACCUACCAAAACUACCUAAAGGGGAUGACGGAAUAUCUUCAAUCAGAUAUGACUUUUGUCCAUGAACAUAACGUUGGAUUUGGUACCAAACUGGUUCGUGGAGCGUACAUAGAUAAGGAAAGACGACUGGCACAAACCAGAGGGUAUCCGGACCCUACGAAUGCAUCCUAUCGGGACACUUCGGACACUUACCAUAAUUCUAUGAAUACGAUGCUGGAGGGUAUUGCUCGGAACCCUGACAGAUGUUCUGCUAUCAUUGCCAGUCACAACGAGGAUACAGUUGCCAAAGCCGUCAAUAGAAUUGUGGAGUUGGAAAUAGACCCGAGGUGUGGAUCUAUAUUCUUUGGACAGUCGUAUGGUAUGAGUGACCACGUGACAAACACUUUAAGUGAAUUGAAGUUGCCAGUGUACAAGUCCAUACCAUAUGGAUCUGUUGAGGACACCCUCGCCUACCUGUCACGAAGAGCCAUGGAGAAUCGAUCGGUAUUGAAGAGGGCACAAAGGGAGAAAACUCUUAUGUGGAAGGCCCUUAAGGCACGUCGAUAG